AUGGCUGAAGAGAAUUUCACAGUCCUUACUGAGUUUAUUCUUCUGGGACUGACAGAUCGGGCUGAAAUGAAAAUUAUGUUUUUUGUGUUGUUCCUAAUGAUUUAUGCCAUUACCUUUGUGGGGAAUCUGGGCAUGAUCUUCUUAAUCUACGUCACUCCCAAGCUCCACACACCCAUGUAUUUUUUCCUCAGUUGUCUCUCAUUUGUGGACACCUGCUAUUCAUCUGCCAUUGCACCCAAAAUGCUGAUAAACUUCCUAGUUGUGAAGGGAACCAUUUCUUUCUCUGCUUGCAUGGUGCAGCUUUUGUGUUUUGGGGUGUUUGUUACCACAGAAGGGUUCUUACUUUCAGUGAUGGCAUAUGACCGUUACAUGGCCAUUGUGAACCCUUUGCUUUACACUGUAGCCAUGUCUCAGAGAAAGUGUGUAGUACUGGUCACUGGGUCAUGGAUAUGUGGAACACUUAACUCAUUAAUACACACAAUAAGCUUGGGCAAACUCCUCUUUUGUGGUCCAAAUGUCGUCAGCCACUUCUUCUGUGAUAUCCACUCACUGCUAAAGCUGUCAUGUUCUGAUACUUCCAUGAAUGAGCUAUUGCUGUUAACCUUCUCUGGGGUCAUCGCCAUAGCCACCUUCUUGAUUGUGAUCAUUUCCUACAUGUUCCUCCUUGUUGCUAUACUGAGGAUCUGCUCAGCAGCAGGCAGACAGAAAGCCUUCUCCACCUGCGCCUCUCACCUGACUGCUGUGACCAUGUUCUAUGGUACCUUAAGCUUCAGUUACAUUCAGCCAACCUCCCAGUAUUCUGUAGAAAAGGAGAAGACGGUUGCUGUGUUCUACACACUAGUGAUUCCCAUGUUAAACCCAUUGAUUUACAGUCUGAGAAACAAAGAGGUAAAGGAUGCUGUGAAAAGGGCCAUAAAAAUAAAACACUUGCCUUGUUGA